CACUCACCACUUCGAUCUUCGUAUCUUAUAGACGAUGAUAAUCCUCGGGUCGGUUUAUCAUCAUUAGGUCAGAAAUUAAUAGUCGGUCGGUCGGAUCAGUGGGUUUUCCCUCGUCCUUCUUCGAUCAGAACGUUUUGUCCAGUUUAUUGUAGUUCUUACAUUUUGUGUCUUAACAGUGGCGGAUCGAGGUGAAGGGAUGCAUUACGUCUUACGCCUCACCCUGGUCAUCACCCUAUGCACCGCCCAAGAUCCGGAACGUCUAAAGGAGAUCUUCGGUAGCCCCGACGAUCCUGGAAAUCAGUUUAACCGUCUGGUGGAGGUGACCACCAAAAAGUCCCUGGGGCUCAGUGCCCUUCAAAAAUGCGGAGAAGCGACCGGAUUAGCCGACAGGUGGCUCUGCGUGCCGUAUCACAUGUGCGACAAUAAAACCAUAGUCGAUAACGGGAUCACUAGCGGAUUCGGUUUGAUUGAUGUGAGAUUAGGAGACUCGGACGUGACAGAUCCGUCGGAAAUGCCCUGCAACCACUACCUGGACGUGUGCUGUAGAGACUCGGGGGGUGGUGCAGGUGAACGAAAACCGGACACCGGAGGCCCGUUUAUCGACGAGGGCACCCCGGUACCGCCCCCGCAAGCCCCCCCGACGCCCCGACCCAGCUCCCUCCGUUGCGGCAUAAGGAACGUCAACGGAAUCGACUUUAAGAUCACCGGAAACACGGACGAAGCCGAGUAUGGGGAAUUCCCUUGGAUGGUGGCCAUUUUAAACAGGACCAAUCUGGUGUGCGGGGGGUCCCUUAUAACCCCCAACGUGGUACUGACUGGGGCCCACUGCGUUGCCGAUCUUCCCUUGGGGGCUUAUAGGGUCAGGGCGGGUGAGUGGGACACUCAGACAGAGAAGGAACGUCUACCCUACCAAGAAAGGACAGUCAGGGAAGCAAUAGUCCACGAAUACUAUCUCUCCAAAGUCCUGUAUAACAAUGUGGCACUAUUGGUCUUAAGUCCCCCGUUUAGUCAAGCGGAUAACAUCGGAACCGUUUGUCUUCCUGCGCAAGACGAGGUCCUUAGUUCCAAGGAGUGUUUCGCCAGCGGAUGGGGCAAAGACGUCUUCGGUAAAAGCGGCAAGUACCAAGUGAUCCUCAAAAAGAGACAGUUGCCGAUCGUACCGUUCGAUUCCUGCGAACGUACGUUGAGAACCACCCGAUUGGGAGCGAACUUUGAACUGCACCGGAGUUUCCUGUGCGCCGGGGGGCAAAAGGGGGUCGACCUUUGUACGGGUGACGGUGGUGGACCCCUGGUAUGUCCGGACCCAAGGACGCCAGGAAGAUACGUGCAAGCGGGAAUCGUCUCCUGGGGGAUCGGGUGCGGCCAGGAGAACGUUCCCGGAGUAUACGCGGACGUGGCCAAGUUCCGGAACUGGAUCGACGCGAAAUUGGCCCAAUUAAACAUCAAGACAACCGAUUAUUAAUAUCGAUAAUAAUAAUUUUUUUUUUUUAUAAGUAAACUGGUCCUUUUUUA